UUUCAAAGGUCAAUACACAGUAAAAAUACAACCGGACUAAAGUAAUGCGGAACUAAGAGCUGUUGUCUUCUCUUGUAUCGAGCGGCCAACACAAGAUGUGGUCCAGAUGUGAGAAGCCCUGAUUCCAAAUGUUGUAAAAGUUGGAUAAAUGUUUUAAUAAAAAUGAAAUUAAAAAUACAUCAAAUACAAGAGGCACCUCUGAAAAAAAGUAGGAAAUGCCCACUUUGAAAUUUUAACACACUCCACCCAGACGGACCAAUCAAAUCCCUGUUCAACAGCUCGUGAAAAAACAAUAAAGAGUGGAUAACAGUGCAUAGGUGGAGGGUCUCCACAGUUUAUUACAAAUUUACAACCGUCAAAGAUCGAGUUUCUCCUUAAACAGAUAGAGCAAGGGAGCAGCAUCCUUCACAUGGCCACCUCAGAAGACUCUUCUCAUCAUGAUAAUUCCUCUGGUUCUCAAGAAGGAAAUAUGAAAGAUUCACAGGUUCACUUCACUGAAGAUGAAGAAGCACUGAUAGUUAGGAUGUAUAACCUGGUUGGUGAGAGAUGGUCUUUAAUUGCUGGAAGAAUUCCUGGAAGAACUGCAGAGGAAAUAAAGAAAUACUGGAUAUCUCGAUACUCUACCAGUGGUUUUCGGAAGUAGAAGACACAUCGCGAGAAUAAUAUUAUAUUAUUCUGCAUUCUUAAGUAUCACAGUGGUAUUAAGUAUCUUGAUUCUGCAUUCUUAUGUAUCACUGUUACAUGGUUGGGCACAGCCCUCAUAUGUAUCGAAUUAAUAAAACUUCCUUUAUACCAGUUUCACCAGUA